GCAGCAUGCGAAUUGAGUGUCAACGCUUUCUACGGUCCCUUCUUUUCUGGAAACAUGCUACACCGGGGUAGUACUUGAACAAAGACGAAAAGUUCUCAAUUCGGAGUCCUCUUGCAGCACCGGGAUAGAGCCAUCGCCGAAGCUUCAUCAAUGUGCAAGACAUGGUAACAUGUAGCACCGCUUACACGAAUAAGUGCUGCAUCGGACUGCCCCGCCAUUCCUUUGCCAAAUCAUCGGCCCACUUGACGAUUCAAACGGCCGGUCGGAUUGCAAACAUUCCAGCUACCUCGAAUUAUUCCUCCGAAUUUCUCUGAGUGCGGCAGCUACCAUUCAUUCCUGACUGCCUACGCAUAUCCUCUUUUCGUUUCGGCGCUGCGCGGCGCACAGUGUCGCCGCCAAUGGCGCCAGCAGACUCGCUCUCCCCGCCGGGGAGCAGUUCAUACUCCUCCGACACAUUAACAGUUGGCGACGGGACCUGGGAUUUCACCAAGAACACAUUCCUUCUGCCCAAUCUCGUAGGGCUAAAUUUUGAGACGAUGAGAUAUAAUGGCAUGGGGAACCGCUUUGCGACCUUCACGCAGUACCACAGUCUUAUCCUCGGCCAUGGUAUUCUCGCCGCGAUAACCUUCCUCUUCGUUGUACCCAGCGCCGUGUUCCUCAUCAGGUUCUACGCCCGCCGACCGGGGAGGUCCGUCCACUAUCAUGCCUACCUGCAGGUCCUCGCUGUUGGCCUUUCCACCGUCGUCUUCGUGCUCGGCUUCUUCGCCGUCGGCCCGCCCCGCAAUUUGACGAACCCGCAUCAUGGAAUUGGCGUUGCCAUCUAUGUCCUGAUUCUGCUCCAAGCCAUCGGCGGUCGGCUAGUUAGGAAGCUGUCCGGCCGUCACUCGUUUAGGCUGCAUAUCCACCGAUGGUGUGGUCGUGCUAUCGCCCUCUUGGGAAUUGUGCAGGUCCCUCUUGGCCUCACUCUCUAUGGUUCGCCUCAGUAUCUCUUUAUCCUCUACGCUGUGUGGAUGGGAUUUCUGCUGCUACUGUACUUCAUUCUGGACUAUCGGGAUGACGGGCGUCGGGAAUUUGUCAGGGACGGUGUUAGCUACGCCGGCGGUGAGAGCAGCAGGGUGACGGAGUCAAAGUCGGGGCGCGGUUUCGGGUGGUUGGGUCCCCUGGCUGCCGGCGCUGGCGCUCUGGCACUAUUCCGGGGCCGAAAGAAGAACCGGGAUGCCGAACGGGCCCUAAGCCGAUCUCCCAGUCCCACGGGUCGAUCCCACCACGGACGCGAACCUACCGUGAUUUCAUCUCGCCGCGCCUCCGAAAGCUACUACGACGAAAAACAUUCCGAGCGAAGACGUGCGAGCGGGGGAGGGUUUAUGAACAAGCUUUUCGCGGCCGGCGCGGGCCUGGGGGCCGGCGCGCUGGUCUCCAAGAUGAUGAAUCGCCGUAGCGGUCGUCAUGAUGAUGAAUAUUCGGCAGUUGCUACAGAUACGCCAAGCCGCGCACGUAGGUAUGGACCGGCGAGCGAGAUCACCGAAAGCACCGAUUACACUGAACGGACCGAGGAUGUCCGGAGACACCCCAGCACACAUGACAGGCAAUCGUCUAUACUCCCCGCGCCUCGUCCAGGCGCCGCCGGGGAUAGACCGAGGCCGAUGACCCCGCAGCGCUCACAUGCCGCAACCUCCAGGCUUGACAGCACGGUUGAUGCCUCGGAUUAUUCUUCUUACGUCAGUCCCUCUAGGGCAGCACCCGAACGAAGACGAAGCGGGGGUGCGGGCAAGGGGUUCCUCGCUGGAAUUGGACUGGGCUUCCUGGCCAAGAUGGGUAAGGACCGUCGGGACAGGAGAGAGGAGGAGCGGCUGCGGGACGAGGAGGAGAGGCGAAGGGAGGAGGAAGAAGAUCGAAGGGCCGGCAAACGGAGCUCGCGAUAUACGGGCGACGGAUACCCCAGUCCAUCAAGACGGGAAUCUAGACGGCGCCCACACCGUCCACGUCCUCCACCAUCGGCCGUCACCACUACAGUCAGUUCGAUGAUUUCAGGAGAAUCGUCAAUCGAGCCACGUGGCGAUACGCCAUACGAGCCGGCACCUCCAGGUGGCCGCAUUCCUCCCGGUCCGGUCACAGUUCCGGGCGCGCCCCCUGUGCCCGUGGCAAACACGGGCGGGCCUUCGGCGGCCCCCCUCCCCGUUCCUGUGCCCAUGCCAGCUGGGGGAGCUUCAGCGCCACAUUCUCGAUAUGACGUAACGGAACCGGUUGCGAUGCCACCAAUGCCGGUCGAUCCUCAGGGAAUCCUCCGGCGCGACUCGGACAGCGACCACCGGCGCAGACGCGAAGGUGAAGCAGCCGCAGCGGCCGCGGUCUCGACCGCCAGCGCCCUUGCCGCGCGUGAGGAAGAAGAGCGUCGCCGGAGGGGGGAACGCGUGCGGGAUUCACCCCAAACCAACCCUCCAGUCAGCGUUCGCGUGCAUGUGCACGACAAUCCCGACCGCAAUAUCACGCUGCGCAAGUUGACGGAAGAGGAAGCGCGUCGCGAGCAGCAGCGCCGGCGGCGGCGCAACGAUUCCGUGAGCAGCAUCUCAGGAGGCGAGUCGACGCCAAGGCGGUACCGGAGGGACUCGUCCAGCCAGCGAAGAGCCGAGACGGCGGCCGAGCAGGAGGUCGAAAGGGAUAAUGAGCCGAUUGCCCCGCUCUCUCCGCCCAACCCGGCGUUUGCGAGAGGCUCGCGACAGAAAGACUCGGCUUACUACUCGCAAGGCCAGCCUGGGCCGUCUGGGGCCAUGCCGGCUGCAGGCGCGACCGUGUCGAGUCUGGGGAGCCCUGCGGGGAUAACAAGUCCCGGCGGCAGCCACGCGACCUUUACGAGCGGGCCGAUUACGGACAUGGCGGCUGAUCGGAGACGGAGGAGGCGAUUGGAGAGGAGGGAAGGAAGUAGUAGUAGGCAGCCGACGAUGCUGGACUAUAAUUAAUUCAGCCAUGGGUCGGUAUACUUAUUCGUUCAAAGGCAUGGCGUUCCGGUUACAGGGGCUGGGUUCCAUUUAUGAGAUGAGGGUAUGCUUGUGGAGAUGAGAUGUGUUGGGCGGUCACUGUUGUAUGUACAUACUUUUCCUUGGUUCCUGUGGAUGUUCGGAUACGAUGAGAUGAGAUGAUGGAAGACAAUGGGAGGUAAACUUUGUGUUCGUAAUAUCAGAUUGUCGUGACAAUUCCUGCGGAGCAAUACCCCUGAAUUCAGUUUACAGGCUUGGCUGC